AUGUCAUCCACUAAUAAAAGAAUAGCACUUCCAGCAAGAGUUGAGCCAAAAGUCUUUUUUGCCAACGAAAGAACAUUCUUGUCAUGGUUAAAUUUUACUGUCAUUUUAGGUUCAUUGGGUGUAGGAUUGUUGAACUUUGGUGAUUACGUUGGUAGAAUUUCUGCUGGUUUAUUCACAUUUAUUGCCAUGUUGACUAUGAUCUAUGCUUUGGUUACUUAUCAUUGGAGAGCAAAAGCUAUCAGAUUGAGAGGUUCUGGUCCAUAUGACGACAGAUUUGGACCCACGAUGUUGUGUUUCUUUUUGCUUAUUGCUGUUGUGGUGAACUUUAUAUUGAGGAUAAGAGCUUAA